GACAGUUUGGGCCUUUCUGUGGAUAAAGGCAGCAAUCAAAACCAGAAGGAUGAGCUUGAGCGUUGGCAUGAACAAAACGAUUAUGUAGCCUUUUCAGAUUUAACUCUAAGAGCACCACCAUCUUCUGUCAACUGUGAUGGUGAUAUCGAUGAUGUGGCUGAAGAAAAAAGCAAUGAAACUGAUUACAUGGAGGAUCUGGAGCAGGAGAACUUCAACUUGGCACAAGUUCCCUUAGAACCUAUAAUGAUGGUAACGGUCGGCACCGAUGAUCUCACAGGAUCUAGUUCAUCUCCCAGUCAUCAUAAAGAUGCUAAUCUCUUUGAAGACCGAUGGCAUGGAACAAAUUCCUCUCAAGGAGCCGAGAAUGAAAGGGAGGAAACCAUAGAAGAGCUUGUCUAAAGAGCCCUUUCGUUAUGGAUGAGGUCACAGCUUAUGAACAGGAUAUCCUGCUUGUUGACACAGUCCCAGAUGACCCAGAGCUUUUUGACAACCUUCCCAAAGAAAAUGGGCCAAGCUUGCGAUCUGUAUGGCUUCGUGAUUUUGGCAAACCCAGACCUGUUGAAGUGACAACCUCAAGAAAGGAUGGAGCAUCACUGGAAUUGGAGAAAAGAUCGAUAGCAGUUAAUAAAAACUUUCUCUGUGACAGUGCUGACAUUCAAGAGUGUGAAAGCAGACCUUGGAGACCCCAGUGUCGUAGCACCUCUUUCUGCAAGCAGAGCAACAUUUGGACUCCGACAGAUAAACAAAUCAAGCCUAUAGGUCAGUGGGAUUCCAACAGCAAUAGACUAAAUGGUACCCUGGAAAGAAACCAGCCUGUCCAGGCAGUGAAGUCAUUGCAUAACAUCCCACCACCACUUAUGACCACAAGAAACGGACCAUGGCACAAAAAUGCAGCCAACAUGGAUUUGAGUGGCCAGAAAUCAAAUACUACACAACCAUCUCUUUCUGGAAGCCGUCCGUACUGCUGGCAGUACUUCAGUGACUCUCUGACCUGUGGUUUCACAAUGUGUCGGUUCCUGCACGUGCCUGCAGAGGGGGAUGAGAAGUUUUGCAUGGACAUUGUGAUGCAGUUUACCAAAAAUCCAAUGUGUCUCCAGAAAGCAGGAGCUGUGUUAACAGGUUACUACCAGAACAACUCACCAGGACCAGAUUUUUCCAUGCCCGUGCUAACAGCCCUUUUCUGGGCUCUGCUUAAAGCCUGCAUGAUCUCUGAUCUUUUUUCAGUCCUCAGCGUCAGCUUGGUCCACAAGAUAGUGCCAUCUCACGAGUUCCUGCUCGCCCUCUUUAAUGUUCUGAGAGAAAAGGGCCUCUUUGGAUAUGUACCUGAGCUCAUGCAGCUCACAUUUAAGAUGGCCAAUGCAGGCCUGGUUCUGAGUUUGGACUAUCUUGAAUGUGUAAAAAACAUGCCAGAGUUCCAGCAAAAUAUACAACUUAAUUCAACUAUGACAAUGUCGGGCAACAACAAGUUACCAUUGCCCGUGGGUGCUCCCUUUCCAGAGUACCUAAAUUUUGCUCAGGCCAUUCUGGAAAUUGAGCUGUGUUCCAAGCAGGAGGACUGGAAGCGCAUGGGGGAGGUCUUCAAGUCCAUCUGCCAAACCAAUCACCACCCCACCAGAGUAGAGCGCAUUAGCGCUCGCAUUACCGUUGCACUCUUAUCAGAGAGCAAAGACAAGCUCUUGCUGCCCUUUGCUUCCUUCACUGAGACGGGUCAAAAGCUCUUAAUUAAACAUGAUUACAUUUGUAUUCAGCACGUAGUUCUGUCCACAUUAAUGAAGGGUCACAUUGGAAUGAACCUUAAUCAUUUUGUUCUUCUCAAAGUAGUGUGUCAGAAUGAAGUUGACAGCAGCCUGGUCAAGAAUUUUUUAGGCAGAAUUGGUGUCUCGCUCAUGUUGCGGUACCACAAAACACAUCAGUGGGCUAAGGGUCGGAGGGUGGUGGAGGUGAUGUCAUUUUCAAAGAUCAACUACUCCGUGCUGAAGGGCUUGUUUGGGAAUGAAGAUGGAGCGUCACGCUGCUGCUUGGUCACUAUUGCAGCUGAGCUUUUCUUUCUCAGUGGCAGUGUGGAAGGAGCUCUAAACUCCCUCAGAGAUAACUGUUGGUUCCUGAGUUCAUGUGCGUGGCCGUGUCAGCCUGCUGAUCUUGAGAGCAGGAGUCGUGUGCUGAGACGUAUAGCUGAGAAAACCUCUCACCGUGAUACACUGGAGGUCCUCUCUAACCUGCCUGGGCUCAAAGAACCAAAUGACUUGGUAGAUAUCUCCAUGUACAGUGCUGUUUUUCACGGUCACCUACAAGUGUGGGUGGACAGACAGAUUCUUCCAGUGGCUUCAGACACGGUGGACUUCAUGCUGUCCAAGAAGCUGGCAGUCGACUAUGCUCUGCUCCAGACGCUUGUACUUAAACUCGGCAAGCAAAACCACUGGCUCCGGGCACGGGAAGUUUUCAAACGCAAUUUAAAUCCAUUACCUAAUCCACACAUGGAGAACGGGCCCCAAAUGAACUUGGGUCAGUGUGGUCCUGUGCUCAUGCUGCAUUAUGGAGGGUUUUAUGCAGACAAGACAGUUUAA